AUACAGUGUAUUUGAAAUAUUUGUUUGCUUGUAGUUUAAUUUGACAACAGAGGGCAGCAAAGACCUGUCUGUCUGAUACUGUCUUCAAGAGCUGUUGAACAAAAUACACGCUAAACUAAACAAAUUAUUAUCAAACCACUUCAAAAGACUAAUUCUGAGUGUCAUUUUUAAAUCUAAAACUUUUUCAAACUCUUCAACAGAUAUAUAAGAUACAGUUUAUUACUUAUCCGUAUGAACAAGUCUAUCUUUAAAUGGAAACUACACAUUCGGUAGCUCAGUAGGUAAACAGAUCCAACAGUGAAAGCGAAUCUGGUGUGUCUGCCUUUGAUUCUGAGCGUUUUUCAGUGUCUCUCUGUCAGUUUAUUGUGGCUACGUUUGAACUUUGACUGUUUGAGAAGAAGAUGAGGGGAACACACAUGUUCCUUCAGAAUCACAUCAGUUUAAUCCAUAUGGAUUUGUUCCAAUUUAACCGGACACUUGAGGACUUAAGGUACGUGGUUUACAGGACAUAGGUUGAUGGGUUAAAUUCAUCAGUACAUCUGCAGAUGUAGAAGAGAUUUUGUGGACAAUAUCACUGCAAUGUUUUAAAGUUACGCUGUUAGUUUUCAGCUAGCAGUCGUAGGUAUGUAAGCGUUAAAGGUUUUGAAGUAAAGUACACCAUCAUCCUUCUUCCUACAAAUCACCAUUUUGCACUUGGUGUGAAUUUGGAUUUCGGGUGGAGGUCAGUUCACAGUGUUUUCUCUCAGCUACAGAAACACUGAAGUGUAGCUGAAGGUCACCUUAGUAUCAAAAACCAAAGAUUUCUUUCUGAAAGAACCUGUCAGUGUUAGUUUCUGAUUUAAGUGUAAAUGUGCCUCAAGCGAUUACACACUGACGCAUCACCGCUGCGCCAAAAAGGACAGUUCCAUCUGCUCCACACAGUGUCAACUGCACACAUCUGGACUGAUGUCAGGAUUAUUACGGACCAGCUAUGAGAAAAGAAAAAUUAAUCUAGGAAUCUAAGAUUCAUUAUUGAUUCUCGACCUAAAGCAUGUGGAGCGAAUGAUGUUUUCCGGAUGUUGCCACCGGGCAUUAAUUAGUGAUUGGCUUAGUCCCCGUAUAUAAAGGGGACGCGCCCAUUGCUCUGCUCUGUCUCCAUACCAGCCAAGAUGAGCUACGGAUCUGAAGUGUUUUCCUCCUCCUCCUAUCGGAAAAUUUUCGGGGACUCUCCCCGCUAUGCUACCUCUCCAUCGCGGACUGCGGGGAGCAUGUCCUCCCGGGGAGGUUACCGGCACUCCUCCGUAUCCCGGAGCAACAUUUCAUCUCUGGGCUCGUACAGCAGGAAGUCCGGCCGCUCCUUUUCGUCCAUGCCACUGGAGAACUUCGACCUGACACAGAGCAGCGUCCUCAACAAUGAGUUCAAAAUCAUCCGUACUAAUGAGAAGGAACAAAUGCAGGGUCUCAAUGACCGCUUUGCGAUGUUUAUCGAGAAAGUGCGCAACUUGGAGCAGCACAACAAAGUGCUGGAGACGGAGCUAAAUGCGCUACGCCAACGGCAGACUGAGCCGUCCCGCCUGGCCGAGCUUUACCAACAAGAGAUCCGCGAAUUGCGCUCCCAACUCGACGAGCUCAACGGAGAGAAGUCUCAGCUACUAAUCGAGAGGGAUAAUAUUGAAGACGACCUGCAGAAGCUCAGGGGGAAAUACGAAGAGGAAUUCCGUGCCCGGGAGGAGGCGGAGGCCACCCUCAAGGCUUUUAAGAAAGAUGUGGAUGAUGCCACCAUGGUGCGCCUGGACCUGGAGAAAAAGGUGGAAUCUCUGCUGGACGAGAUCAACUUCCUCAGGAAGGUGCACGAGGAGGAGGUGGCCGAGCUGAUGGAGAUGAUCCAGGCUGCACAGGUGUCUGUGGAGUUGGAGGUGUCCAAGCCGGACCUCACCUCCGCCCUCAAGGAGAUUCGAAGCCAGUACGAGUCCAUGGCGUCCAAGAACCUGCAGUCCGCCGAAGACUGGUACAAGUCCAAGUUUGCCGACUUGUCCGAGCAAGCCAACCGGAGUAAUGAGGCCAUCCGCGCCAGCAGGGAGGAGAUGAAUGAGUUCAGGAGGCAGCUGCAGUCCAAGACCAUUGAGAUAGAGAGUCUGAGGGGAACCAACGAGUCCCUGGAAAAGCAGCUCAGGGAGAUGGAGGACAGGCACAAUGUGGAGAUUGGAAACUACCAGGACAGCAUGGCAGAGCUAGAGAAUGAGCUGAGGACCACUAAGAGUGAGAUGGCUCGUCACCUGAGGGAAUACCAGGACCUGCUGAAUGUCAAGAUGGCACUGGAUAUUGAAAUUGCAGCUUACAGGAAACUACUGGAAGGCGAGGAGACCCGCAUAGGGACCGGGAUCACCUAUCCUGGCCCCACUGCAGGUGCUGGACAAGGCUACAACUACCAAUCCCGCAUUUACACCAGCUCCAGCAGGGGCUCCAAGAAGGAGGGCAAAGACGAGGAGCAGCAGCAGCAGCAGCAGAUCAAGUCUGGAGCCAAGGUGUCCCAGCGUGAAGUUUAUGAGGAAACAGUGGUCACCACCAAGAAGAUGGAGAAGCAGCAAGACGCCAGCGAUAUUCCCACCAAUCAGAAAAACUAAGAGCCUACUGUAAGCCUGUUUUUGAACCCCUGAAGCUUCACCUUCUUCCCUGCAAACCCUAACCUCUCUUCAUUUCCCAUCCUAAAACAAACCCUGAGCCUUUAUGCUUAAACACUUGUGGGGAUCUUAAAUGAUAGAUCUGCCUUUGCAAUCUUGUAACGAGCAUCAUAAAAUCGUCAUGGUUUCUAUCUGAAUUGGUGUGUGUUGGGAUGUCCACGAGUGUGUAGAGUAUGGGAUCUGGAUGUUUGUUUUAUGUGGGUUUAUUCUUCCUCCUCCCAUUCGUCCCCCACAUGUGUUCCCCAAAGGAAAUCCAUUAUAACUCUACUGUAACCAUCACCCCAUACAAAACCACGGUACAUCUGUUCUCUCUCUUUCACACACUCAGUAUCAGACAAUAAGAAGCACUUAGGUAGCAUCUCUUACAGAAGUAUGGUAUUUUGAAAUAUAAUAUUCACACUUUGGACUCAUGUUACAUCAAUAUGUGAUACUGAAACACAAUAGAAGAUAACUCUGGUCAUUCACUAAAACCACAAACUGUGAGAUACCCUCAACACAUUCCAAUGGAAGCAUGUGUGUGCGAGUGUUACUGUGUGUAUUUAAGGAACAAAAGAUUCAAAACACAUCAA